AGCUUGCAUUGAGUUGUGUGCGGAGGAUCGCGCGCCCCCUCCCAAAAAAAUGCUCCUAGUAGGCAGUGGGAGGGCGUGGCUCAUGUCACAGACUGUGGGUCUCCAUAUUCAUGCCAGGGCUUCUUCAAACCUCCUCAUAUCACGCUGACACGGAUGCGCCAACCGCAGCAAGGAGAGUGCCCAUUUGGAUUAUUCAUGGGUGAACGCAUCCGUCCGGCAUGGGAUCUAACCCAAAAAGGACAGUGAGCGUCCAGAUGGUGCCUCAGCUGCCUGCUGCGGACACCCCAGCCAACUCCAACCAGUCAACGGAGCUCAACCUGAAACUCUCACCUGUAGCACCUGUUAGCACCCUCAAAAAGACUGAAGACAUGUCAAAAAAAGGUCUGGCUGAAACAGAAGCGAUAAGAGAUGCUAAUGCUAACAUCAGCAACAUGUUAACCCUGGCUGAUGAAAAAGUCUCUAAGAGUCCCGGUUGCCGGGUAAAAACGUCCAAGGACGAGGUCAGCGUCAGAACCUCGCCACGGAAUAUCUCAUCCAGCCGUAACAAUGGCGCAAAACGCGUCGAGCCUGAAACGGAUAAAGAGGCAGCUGCACUUCACAAGGACAGGUCGAGUCCCAAGGAGCCUGGUCACAAACGAAAACACUCGGUUUCUCUUCAAGAGCCGCCUGAGCUCAAGCAAAGUGCGGAUACUGCGCCCUUGCUCAACUCCACUUUGCCUUCGUCCAACAGCCAAGACAUCAACAAAGCAUCGGGAGAUAAAAUAUCCGUAGACAAAUUAUCUGCCGAGAAAGGAUUCGUAGACAAACACCGGCCCUUGCAGACCUUGCCUCAGGUGACGCAUGAGGAAAGUCAGACCAAGCUUCAGCGUAAGAUCUACAGAGAGGCUUCCACCAUGACCUCCCCUCGAAUUCCUCCCAUCGCAGUCGAGCAAGGACGUGACGCCGAGGUCCAGGCGGUAGCCAGCACCAGCUGCAAGGCCGUGUCCACCAGCCCGAGCCUGCUGCCCUUCAGGCUGAACGCGACCAACCAUGAGGAGACACACAGCCUCACCGUCGUCUACCAGUCUGACGGCAGUUUGGGCUUCCGCCAGAUCGGGCCAUCGAUGAAUAUGGGCCAGGGGCCGACUGUAGAGAGGCUCACCGUUGAGGCGGAGAUGUGCCCGGCCGCCGUCUCCGCCCCGCUCGACGCCAAGCUGGGGGCCAAGCCCAAAGAAAGCGCCCCGACUCUCAGCAGUAUCCAACCGAUGUAUCAGAUCAACAUCGAGCACGGGAAUCGUAAGGAGCCAGAGAACAGAAAGGCGGUGGAAAUCCCCGCGACCAAAUUCGGAGAAUCCCAAACGGAUGCCCCUAGCAAGUCUGGACUUGCGGACAAGGCUGUUACAGCUCAGAUCAAGUCAUCCGCCGCCACAAACACGUCAUCCGAGUUUGAUGACGUUACAAAAGACUCCGAAACGGAGACCAAGCAGCAGACAGACACUGAAGAAAGCGACGACGAGAAGCAGACGCGGAAAAGCGUCCACGACGUGGUCUGGGAUGAGCAGGGGAUGACCUGGGAGGUCUACGGCGCCGCCGUGGACCCCGAAUCUCUGGGCUUCGCCAUCCAGAGCCACCUUCAGUGUAAGAUCAAGGAGCAGGAGCGAAAACUCAUCGCCCAAACGUCCAUCCGCAAGUCCAUCAGCGGCCUGGACUCACCGAGGGCGGCAACCAAGAGCAAGCGGCGGCAGCACAACCCCUUUCGCUCCAUACUACGGAACGUGCGGCGCCCCAACUGCUGCGCUCGGCCGCCACCCUCGGCCGUCCUCGAUUAGUCCCCCCCCCCCCCUCACAGUUCAAGGUGGUCGCUGUAGUGAUGCCACGUGACGGGACAGCACUUCCCGUGAGUAUCCCAGAAUGUCGUAGACUAGACUAUUUGUGACAAUUGUGAUCAAAAGGAAGUGAAACGGAAUGUAAAUGAAUUUUGAUAGAAAUGGAUAUUUAAAUAAUAUUUAAAAAAAAGAUAUGUCUAUAAACGAGAGAAUAUGUCUAUAAACUAAUCCGAGGCAAUAAUAGCGAAACGCAUGUGUAUUAGUUGCAAUGGUUAUAUGACGAUGAAGAACCGGUAUGAUUUUCUGUCAAACAUCUCUUCACGGUUCUUCUUGAGGUUGUUUGGGGUCCAGUAUUUUGAAAUUUCAUGAACAUUUAUUUUCUAGUGCUGUCAGAAAAAAAAAAAGACCAAAAGACUGUAUGCAUAUACAUGUCUGUUUACUGUUUGGUUUUUUUAAUUAAA